GUUCAAUCCUAUUAGGUUGAGUAUUUACACUGUCAUAUCAAGAUAUUUUCCCACAACAAUGAGAUAUUCAGCGAGCUAUAUUAGCAUUGCGCACUGAUACUAUGCAAACGCUCGAGUAAGCGCAGUGCAGGAACAAGGCCGAGAAUUUUUACGGUGUUUAUUGCGAGGUUGUGAAACACAUGUAUCUCUUCUGACAAAAAAUUCUAAUUAUCUGCUUGCUUUCCAUUCGUUUCCUUUCUUGACAGACCAUGUUUAGAUAUGGCUGAAGAGGAUGUAGGAAGGGUAAACGACAGUACUACUGAAUCAGAAUUGUACUACUUAAUUGCCAAAUUUCUGGAAAAUGGACCCUGCAAAGAGUCAGCCAAUGUUCUCCGACGAGAGAUCGAGCAAAAUGGGUUAUUUUCUGCCAGAUUUGAUUGGAAAGGCAACCAACAUCGACAGAGCAUCAAAAACUUGGAAAAUUGCAAUGGUCACAUUAAGAAUGAUCAUCUGUUGAAAAUUGUUGGUCGCAUCGGACAUCUCCUGGACAAAGAUGUGAAGCCAAGAGUGCCUGGUGUAAAGUCGCUGCUAGGGGGCGCUAGACAAUCCCUUCUUCGCACAGCAGCAGAUGUGAAGCCCCCUCUAUGGAGUCCGUCUGUACAUGCAGCACUUUACCACCAACGGCCCAUAGCUCCACCAAAUAAACUUUCUCAAGUGCCAAAUGUCUACAAUGUUAUCAGAGGGAGACAACUGGCUGGUGUAGCUCGUCUUGAUCACAUAAUGCCAGGGGAGAGGUAUGGCCGUACGAACCUUCACCUUCGAACCCUAGGUCAUCUGUCAUCAGCUUACUGUGUUUUGUUUGAUCAGACUGGUCGCAGGAUAAUCACAGGGGCAGAUGACCACUUGGUCAAAAUAUGGAGCGUUGAUGACGGCCGACUUCUUGCCACCCUGAGAGGGCAUGCUGCCGAGAUCGUGGACAUGAACGUGAACUACGAGAACACGCUGAUUGCCGCAGCAAGCAAUGAUAAAGUGAUAAGGGUUUGGAACCUUCAGUCACUCACUCCUGUGGCCGUACUGAUGGGCCACACAGCUAUGAUUACAUCAUUGGAGUUCUCUCCAUACGUCAGAGGAUCAGCUCGUUACAUGGCUUCUACUGGUGCAGAUGGAUGUGUGUGUAUCUGGGUAUGGGAGAAAGAAACUCUCAAAUUCAAUAACAAGCCAAUCAAAUUCCAAGAGCGAAACAGACCUGGCUCACAGAUGCUUUGUCUGUCUUUUAGUCCUGGUGGUACAUUCCUCGUUGCUGGUGGAACAGAUAAUGCCAUUAGAGUCUACAACUUCAACACUAUCCCUCCUGAGAAAGUAACAGAGCUUGAGGCACAUACAGAUCGAGUGGAUAGCAUUGGAUUCUGCCAUUCUGGGUCUCGCUUCAUCAGCGGCAGUAAAGAUGGUACGGCCAGGGUGUGGCGAUAUGAGAGGCAAGGCUGGAAGAGCAUCCUCCUCAACAUGAAUUUGAGAUUACCAGGUUCCAAAGCACCAGGUCUUGACGAGGGCAACAAGAUAGUGAAACAUCGGGUAACAAUGGUUGGAUGGGAUAAGAAUGAUUACUACGUGGUCACUGCCGUCAAUGAUCACUCCUUGCGCGUCUGGAACUCCAACAAUGGCAAACUGGUCUAUGAGCUAUAUGGUCACACAGAUGAGGUAUACGUCCUAGAAGGUCACCCUAAAGAUGUUAGGAUAUUCCUGAGUGGGGGUCACGAUGGUCUUAUCUUCCUAUGGGAUCUGACCACUGGUCAACAGCUCUACCGGUUUCUCAAUACGAUUGAGGGCCAGGGGUACGGGUCUAUCUACGACUGCAAGUUCUCACCGACCGGAGAGCAGUUUGUAGCCACUGAUUCACAUGGUCAUUUCAGCAUCUUUGGCAUGGGCUCAAGCAAACCUUACGACAAGGUUCCCAGAGAGCAGUUCUUCCACACCGACUACCGCCCUCUAGUCCGUGAUGCCAAUAAUUACGUCCUUGAUGAACAGACGCAACAGGCACCCCACCUCAUGCCCCCGCCCUUCUUGGUUGAUAUCGAUGGGAACCCCCACCCCCCUAGGUACCAGAGGCUUGUUCCAGGACGAGAGAACUGCACUGACAACGCACUGGUUCCCCAGAUUGGUGUGGCUGAAAAUGGUAAUAACGAAGUGAUUGGGGAAGGAGAGAUGAGGGAGCCGGAGCCUCUGAACGAGGAGAACGAGGCCAAUCAAGCCGCUAGUCUCCUGGAUGAACUGAUUCAUCGGAUGCAGCAGGAGCAGGAUGAGGAGAGGGGGGAGCCCCAGCAGGAGGGCCCUCGUACUCCUGGUAGAUCAGCAAAUGGUCCGCUAUCCCCGUCUAUGUCCCCAAGAGGAUUAAGGAGAGCAGGAGAGAUAGAGGGUGUCCGUCAGGCCACCGGAAACGUUCCUGUCAGCCAGCGGGCAUCCCAGGCGGAACUGCUGUCGUUCAAAACAAGGAUGGUUGUGCCGGCAUUGUCGUAUGCUGUGGCGAGGUUCCGGGAAGAGUUUCGGAGAAAGCUAGAUGAGGAAGCGUCCGGGCGGUUCAAGGCAGAAAGGAAAAAGAAGGUGAUGCCCUCUCCAGUUGAAACGACUGAUUCUGGCGACUCUUACGAGAGACUGAGGAGAAGGAAGAAACCAAAGAAGACGGCAAACCACAACUACAGGACCAGAGCCAACCAGGAUGGGACUCCCCUCCAGGAGGGUAUUGGGAUGGAGGAGGAGAGAAGGAGGAGAAUGAGGGUGGAGGAAAUGGUAGCUGAUGAAGGCGAUGAUACACUCACUGAUGUGGAUGAGCCUGCAGAUGAAGGAGCAAUGACUGGAGCAGAGACGUCUGAGGAGGAGGUUGAAUGGCGUAGUACAAGUGAACAUGAAAGUGAAUCCAGUGAGUAUUCUGAUUGGACGGCUGAUGCGGGCAUCAACCUCCAACCACCAAAGAAGAAGACAAGAAGGAGAGAAAUGCCCUGGGAGUCUGGAGGGGAGUCUAGCUCUUCCCCCAUGAAGACUCCAUCAGCAACCCCAGUGAAAUCAAAGAGGAAAAGAAGGCCCCCGAAGGCCCUUAUCGAUGACAUGGAGAUGGACGAUGCAGAACCGAUGGCGGAACUUCCAGAGGAGAUGAAGCCUCCUCUCUGGAUCACCGACGCUACCCCAAGGCGCACCCCCUACGUGCCUCAGAUGGGGGAUGAGGUGAUGUACUUUCGGCAGGGUCAUGAGGCGUAUGUUGCCGCAGUCAAGAAGAGGAAGGUAUACCACAUAGAACCCAAGAAACAGCAUUGGACCAAAAUUAAUCUCAGGGACCAUGAGUUAGUACGUGUGAUGGGUAUCAAGUACCAGGUCGGACCCCCUACACUGUGUGGGCUGAAACUUGCUUUCAUGGACCCAGAGACAAGGAAAUCAACCGGAGGGAGCUUCUCCAUCAAAUACCAUGACAUGCCGGAUGUCAUUGAUUUCCUAGUCCUCCGUCAACACUUUGACCAAUCAGUCGCCAUGAAGUGGAAGCUGAAAGAUCGCUUCAGGGCGAUGAUCGAUGAUGCCUGGUGGCAGGGGACUAUCGUUGCACAUAGUCCGCUCGACCCAGAACAUCCUGAUAGUCUGUUCCAGUGUUACCUUGUAGACUGGGAUAACGGAGAAUGUGAGCGAAUGAGUCCAUGGGAUCUUGAGCAGAUCGACGAGGAGAAUAUGCCAGAUAAUAAAGGAGGCAGUAUACCUGUAACAGACGAUGAGCUGUUUGCCAGGCUUUAUGUUCCAGGUCCAGGGGAGUGGGGAGAUAUAGACAGGGAUACUUGCUGUGAUAGACUACUCAAAUGCUUACAACAGGUAAUGGAGCUUCGUAUUGCGGAGCAAUUCAACACCCCGGUGGACCUGAGCCGUUACCCCUUGUAUGCCUCCAUGGUGCCUUACCCUACAGACCUCAGCACCAUCAUGCGCCGCCUGGAGCGCCGGUUCUACCGCCGUAUCACCGCGCUCCAGUGGGAGGUCAGGAAACUGGAGCAGAACGCCCUCCUGUUCAACGAGAAGGACAGCAUCAUCGUCCAGUGGGCCGAGACUCUGGUCAAGAUUCUUAUGGAGGUCAUCAAGGACGAUCACUGCGACGAUGCCAUGGACAUCUACAACCGCAUCACAAAGGAUAGUGAUGUUGAUGUCUGCGUGGAUGACUCUCAUUCUGGGAGUGAGGAUAAACGUGGCAGAUCAAAAGGCAAGAAGGGAUCGCCAUCCAAGAAGCAGAAGCGUAAGAACCGUGCCUGCUAUAACUCCAAGGCAUGGGUAGAGGAAUGUAAGACACUCAUCAAAGACAUGUGGGAUUGCCAUGACUCGGAGCCAUUCAGGACACCGGUUGAUGAAAGGGCUUAUCCUGAGUAUAGAGAAAUUAUUGACCACCCGAUGGAUCUGUCAACAAUCAAACAACAGUUUGCCAGCGGGAGUUACCGGGAUCCUAUGGACCUUGGUAAAGACAUCAGGCUGAUGUUCACCAACGCCAAGAGCUUCACUCCAAACAAAAAAUCAAGAAUUUAUGGCAUGACCCUGAGGUUGUCGGCUGUCUUUGAAGAACACUUCUUGAAGAUAAUCGGCAACUAUCGCUCAGCCCUCAAGUACGAGAAGCAGGUCAAGACUGGCUUGAAAAAGAGGAAGCAAAUGCUGUCUAGUCCGGAGGAUCGCCACAAAUCACCGCAGAAGCGCCACGUCAGGCGGUUGAAGGUCAAAAGGUCUCUGACAACGGGUCACUCCAUGGACGGCGAUGACGACGCCAGCGACAUCGACGCCCCCGGCCCCUCUGUCAUCCAGAGACGAUUGGCAAGGUCUACCAAGAAGAGAAGGAAAGAGGAGAGCGAGGAAGAGGAGGAGGAGGAUAAGGACAAGCCAGGACCAAGUGGUUGUCAUGGCAACACUUCCCGGGUAACUCAUAAAAAGCAGCUGAAUGGUUUCGGUCAAGAUGAAGAUGAUUCCGAUACCGAUAUUGAACCUCAAGCUAAUGUGAAAUUAAAAGCAGUUCCGAACAAACAAUCAAAGGCUGAAUCCAAGGGUGGAAAGAAAGGCGGGAAAGGAAAGGCAAAGGGAAAGAAACCUUCUGCCAAGCCAGUCAUCAAGGAAGAAGUAGAAGAGGAAGAAGAGUUGGAGGAGGAGGUGGAAGAAGAAGAUUCCGGUGAAGAAACCGAGAUCGAGGAACAGAAUGUAAAGAAGGAAAAGGAAGAUGAUGAUACUGAGGUGGAAGAGGAAGAAGAAGAGGAGGUUGGGGUAGAAGAAUCAGGAGAAGAAGACUCCGAAGAUGAGGAGGAAGAAGAAGAGGAGGAGGACGAAGAAGAGGAGGAGGAGGAGGAGGAAGAAGAGGCAGAGGAAGAGCCUGUCAGAAAGACAAGGUUAAGAUCAAGGACAAACUUAACCAAUGGCUACGGUUCAAGACAGAAGAAGGUAGAUGCCUCCAAUAGUGAAGGGGAGGAUAAAGAGGAGGAAGAAGAGGAAGAUGGCGAUGGUGGCGAUAGUGAACACAGCAACUACGAAGCUGGCUCUGACAUCAACUCUAACGAGGAAUCCGAAUCAUCAACAGAGGAAAGCGAGAGCGAAAGUUCCGAUUCAGACAUUGAUAGCCAUUACAAAACUAGGCGGAGGACCAAAGGUAGAACUAAAAAACCCACGAAAAGAAGUAAAAGAGGGCAAAAAAUUGGCAAGAAGCGAAAAGCAAAAUCAAAACACUCGUCGCGUGUGUCGCCGAAGAAGCGUUCCAAGGUGGAUUACAGCGACGAAGACGACGUUUACGUGCCCUCGCACAAGGUGAAGUUUCAGACGGAGAGACGGACACGGAACCAAGGCAGGCACAUGCAGUAUUAUGGGGACUUUGAUGAAAGUGAUAAUCAGAGCGACAAUCAAAGCGAUAACCAGAGCUUCAAUCAGAGUGAGGAGGAGGAGGAGGAGGAUGGAAAGAGCGUUUCCAGUCGUGGAAGAGUCAGAAAACUGACGGCAAGGGCACGUGCGCGAUUGCUCGGAACAUGACACAAACACGAGAUGCUGCAACCGAAUCCAGCAUGUUUUCAGGGAUGUUCACAAUCUUAAGUACUUCAAUUCAUUCUGUUGAAUAGGCACAAUGAUGAAAGGUAUCAUCUAUAAUGAGUAUGAUUAACAAAGAGACAACAUUGUAUCAAAAUUACAGAAUCAGGGCUGUAUAUCUAAGAUUGAUUUCCAAGUCUAUUCUGGAAUUGUAUCUUUAUGUCACAAAAUCUGCGUACACGGUAUCUUUAUCUGUCAGACUAUGCUUUUAAUAGUUGAUUUCAAAUUGCUUUAAAAAUGACUUUUAGUUCAUGAAUGCAUGUUGCAUUUUCUCAAUUCCAUAGGGUAACUAUUAACUCAAAUAAAAGGAGUGCAUUAUGUUUUUCUUUUUGAAAGAAAAAGACAAAAUUCAUUGUUACAGAAAUUGGAAAUGUAAUUGCCCAUUGUGUUUUAUACAUUGGGGUCUAAAAUUGUGAUACGUGUGUGCAAAAUCCUUCAUAUGCACAUGUCAAAUGCUGCAAUUUAAGAUAUGUUUUGAACUGGAUUACAUAACUAAGUGAAUGAGAAUGGUUGAUCAACAAGUGGAAUUUCUAGCUUGAAUGUUAAAAAGUGUGAAAGAUCGAGAGGGAGAGAGACAACUUUAUAGGUGUGCGACAAACAAAUUCAAAUUUUCUUGAUAACUCAACAUUCCUUUAUUCCAUCGCAGUUUAGUAGCACUGUUUGGAUACAGGUUUUUAAAUUUUGUUUCUUUGUUUGGAAGUAAAUUUGGGAGAAAAUAACAUUAUUUUGAUAUCAAUUGCUUGUUCUGGAGCUGUACACCCAUGGAUGAAAGAAAAUUUAAUCGAGUUUUGACAACAAAAGGGGGAAAAACAGUUAAGAAGCAAUUAUCUCUGACAGGGUUACUGUUUCAGAGCUGCCAAGUAGUAGGGAUUUUCAGUAUUUAGUACUGAAAAAUGAGAAGAAUACUGGUGGUUAUAUGCAGAA